AUGGAGAAACACCUCGUCUGCCUCAAAGGUCUCGAGAGUAUGGCCACUGCAGUCAAGAGCUACACGGAAAAGGGUGAUAUCAGAAGAGCGACCGAGAUAGACACCUACCUGAAGGAACUUAUGGAUUGCGUCCACGACAAUUUCGACGAAGCUGAGAGGCCUCAAUGUGUCAUGGAGGAGGGCCCACAAUUAUGGUUCAGAAGAGAAGAAUAUGGCAACCUCGCGGAAUGGUGGACCAAGGGGCAAGAAGCGCGGCUGGCUGGUGUUGACAGGGAUGGGAAAUUGGAUGCUUUGCAGGCGGAAGUAGGAAAGGUCGAUGAGGAUAAGAAGUCUGCGAGGGGCACGCUCAUGGAUUCCGAUGCCGUAGUCGACUAUCUUAAAUAUGGCACCGGACCGAAAGUCGUGCAGACCCUACAGCUGUACGAAGACGAUCUACAAGCCUGGGAGAACGUAGGCUGGAGGAUUUUGGACGAGCUGGGCAGGAUGAUGAGGUGGAUGGAAUGCGAUAUUACUGAGGAGGUGCCCGAGGAAGCCGAGGUCAGGACUCUGUAUCCGACGCCGCGAGAGUGGCUCAUCUACGAUGUGUUGCAUGCGGUGAGGGAGUAUCGACAGGCGCUGGCGACUUAUGGGGAUGUAGCAAUGGAUGAGACGGCGCAGGAGGCGAUGGUGGCGAUGCUACAUAGGGAUGAUAAGCGUGAGGAAUCGAAGACUUUCAAGAAUCAGAAGGAUACAGGAGAGCAAUGGUCCUGCGAAGAAUGCGAGCUUACUUUGCUGCCGCCACUGCCUGCGAGCCCAGAGGCCGAGGUUUCGUUCGAGGAGCAGCAGUGGAUUGGGGAUUCGAAGACGUUAGACCCGGACUUCAAUAGGUGGUCGGCUCACCUAUUUCAGGAGCUGUCGGUCUACCGCUACCACAUUUCUAACGGCAAGAUGCUGGACGAGAAUGUUCUGAUGAAUGCCGGAAUGAUUGUUACUCUGGCCAAAGGCAAGUUCAAGGAAAGAGGGGAUCCCCCAAUAGACGAGCAGAAACAUCUUCCUGUGCCCGGCAGCUGGAUCGAAGAGGAUCAUGAGGACGUACGAGGUGACGACAGCGAGUAUCUCGACUUGGAAACUUUUCCGGGAGAGUUUGGGGAUGAGCGGGUCGAGGUCCUCGCGAGGAGCCUGAGGGCUUUCUGCGCUUCAAUUUUGAGAAGUUUCGACCGAGCAGGGAUCGAUCAAUAUCUCCUGAGGGCUGCGAGAAAGCUAGUCGAGCAGGCAGGAAGGGGUGGUGGUGCAGGUCCUGGAAGAGAAGAGUAUACCAAGAUCUUGUCAAGGGAAUUGCUGCAUACAACGCCGGAUAUGGAGAAUACCAAGACCGUGGCACUGUACACCAAUAUUGGUGCUGAUGCAUCAGAGUUCGCAGAACACGGAAGCGGCCUCGACGACCGACUCAUGGCUGCCUCCCAUACGCUUUUCGAUAUUGUAAAGGUAGAUACAAACGCCGGUUGGGAGCCAGAAUACGACGUGAGGGUCAUCGAGGCUGCACAUGACGUGCUUGUUUUGGAAAAGGCGAUUGAACAUGACUCGAUUCCGAGCCUGGAGCCGAUAAGGAGGAUAAGUCCGAGAAAGACAGUGCGAUGGGCGCAGAAUUUGGUGGAGAUACUUGGAAAGAAGAAUCCCAAAGUGAAGGGGAUGUGA